AGGAGUGUGCGAGAGAUUCAAAUGUCGAAGAUAGCUUUUGGGAACGAGUCAAUCGUUGGGUCUUUGACUCCAUCGAACGAUAGAUCGUACAGAGUGACCAAUAGGAUUCAAGAAGCGAAGAAACCUUUGUACGCUGUUGUUUUUAACUUCAUUGAUUCCCGUUUCUACAGAGUUUUCGUAACCGCCGGUGGAAAUCGGAUUACUCUGUACAAUUGUCUUGAAGAUGGUGCCAUAUCUGCAUUGCAAUCCUAUGCUGAUGAAGAUAAGGAGGAGUCCUUUUACACUGUGAGUUGGGCGUGUGGCGUUAAUGCGAACCCAUUUGUUGCGGCUGGGGGAGUAAAAGGCAUAAUCCGAGUCAUUGAUGUCAACAGUGAAACGAUUCAUAAGAGCCUUGUGGGGCACGGGGACUCAGUGAACGAAAUCAGGACACAACCCGUAAAACCUCAACUUGUGAUUACUGCUAGUAAGGAUGAAUCUGUUCGAUUGUGGAAUGUUGAAACUGGGAUAUGUAUUCUGAUAUUUGCUGGGGCUGGAGGUCAUCGCUAUGAAGUUCUAAGUGUGGAUUUUCAUCCUUCUGAUAUUUACCGUUUUGCUAGUUGUGGUAUGGACACCACCAUUAAAAUAUGGUCAAUGAAAGAGUUUUGGACAUAUGUCGAGAAGUCAUAUACGUGGACGGAUGAUCCGUCAAAAUUUCCCACCAAAUUUGUACAGUUCCCUGUAUUUACAGCUUCAGUUCAUACAAAUUAUGUUGAUUGUAACCGUUGGUUUGGUGAUUUUAUUCUUUCAAAGAGUGUGGACAGCGAGAUCCUGUUGUGGGAACCACAACUGAAAGAGAAUUCUCCUGGAGAGGGUACUUCAGAUGUUCUUCUAAGAUACCCGAUUCCAAUGUGUGACAUCUGGUUUCUCAAGUUUUCUUGUGACCUCCAAUUAAAUUCUGUUGCAAUAGGGAAUCAGGAAGGAAAGAUUUAUGUAUGGGAUUUAAAAAGUUGCCCUCCUGUUUUGAUUGCAAAGUUGUGCCACACUCAGUCAAAGGCUGUAAUCAGGCAAACCGCUAUGUCUGUUGAUGGAAGCACAAUUCUUGCUUCCUGUGAGGACGGGACAAUAUGGCGUUGGGACGUGGUUCCCAAGUAG